AUGUCAGCGGCCGUGCACUUGAUCCACGAUGGGAUGCUCCUCUUCCUGCUGCUAAUCAGUGGACUCAUCGCGCUAGUCAAACCAGUGGCUGGAUCGUCACUGGCACUGUGUGAAGGUGGCCAGACAUGUCUUCCACCGAAGGAAUGUUGCGCCCAGGGUUGCUGCUACCUGUACGCGCCGCCUGGUGCACCUCGUGUACCGAUGGCGAACAACGACCAUGUACUGAGCCUGUUGUUUGUGAACCAUUGGUACUUCUGGUGCUUCGUGCUGGCAAUCGUACUGGCACUGCUCUGUACGUGCUCGCUGUGGAAGAAGAGGCGCCAACUGUGCGGUUGGGACACGUCCGCAAGGCACUCACAGUCGGAGGGUGACUCUGCCGGAUCCUGCUACGCACCGCCACAGUACAGCCGGUGCAACUCGUUCCACAUACAUGCGCCACCACCAUACACCGAGGUUGCAUCCAAACCCGACCUAUACCCGCUCGUCUUUAGCUACACAGACCCGGGCAAGGGUAAUGGUGCCAACUAUCUAAUGGUGCAGUACUUCCGGAACUACAUCGUCCAGCCGGUCGGUUCCAUAUCGGGCACCAGCACGGUCGACUCCCUGAGCUCCAGCUUCAUCUGCAACGCCAACGAGGCGAACACACUAGUACCUCCGCCAUACUCGCGUGCCGCCAGCCCGGAUCUGACGAUGUCGUUCCGGAACUAUCUGAUGCCACGUUCGGCCUCGCAACAGGUAUGCCUUACCGCGUUCGAACGGUCGGCGGGUGGAGCUGCCCAAACCGGACAGCUGCAGGGUUCACGUAGCCAGGCCAGCUAUCAACGGGACGACGAUUCGUUACUCGACCAACACCAGCAGCAGCAGCAUUGCAUCCUGUCACGCGAGCAGCAGCGCGACGAGACGGGCCCGGUGGAUGGCACUCUUGUUACCUCUACAAUCAAUCACACUAGCAUAAGCAGUAACAAUGUGUCCUUAAUGGAGUGUCCGGAGAGUGAGCGUGGUGCCGGUAGCUACCAUCCGCGCAGGACCAAUUUCAUGGACCACGGACCAACCCCGCAGACGAUGAGCAGCAGCACCUCAGCAGCAAACAACCCUGCCACCGAUACCUCCGGCCUAGUGCACUGUGCCGAGCAGCAGCGUAUGGUGGCGGGCUCCACGGAAUCCUUCACAUCACUUCCCGGCCCACCGUUCGAGGUUGGCCAGCAGGCGCACAAUAGCAAUAGCAUACACCCGGCGAACCGAUACACCGGUCACCUGGAUGGUACCAGCGAUAACUGUGAUCUCAACAUACUGCAAGCAACCUUCGACCACCAGCGAAAUACGACGCUGGUGUGCAAGCUCUGUUGCUCCAUGGGCGACAUCACGGCCGGUACGCCGGCUGAUAGGCGCAGCUACCAUACCAAGGAUCUGAGCGCGCUACACAAGAGUCUGGAAACCUGUUGCCACGUUAACCUGCACGGUAAUCGCGACGCGCCACGUCUGUCGAGCCUCCAGCCGACAGACAGUGACGAUUCGAUGCUGCACACGGAUGCGGUGCGCAAACAUGACGCCCGAAUGCGUAACUCGUGCGGUGUGUCGAGUGUCGGUUCGAACGUCUCAAGCCUUGUUAAUCUGGACGCGUCCAGCUCACCGCCAAGAGCGACCAGCCCGACGGCUGAAGUGCGCGAACUGCUCGAACAGAUACGUCUGCUGCACAGCGACGGUACCGACGUGCAAGGUGCCGGCUCGACCGGCCUGGAUUCUGGCGAUGUCCAGCUGUUCGACAGUGAUGCGCCGCAACAGCGGCCUAGUGGCACCGAGCAGCGGCCGCCGGGCGGGCAAUCGAGCUACAGGCGGCCAUCCUCGCUGAUCGGUCGACGUACCAAGCUCUGGUCGAAACCGGCCACCCAACCUGGCGGAAGCAGGGGCAUGUACAUACCAAUCUCCUUCACCCAAAGCUUCAUGGCGCCGGGUACGAGCGGUCGGCAUCUUCGCAGCCCCGCCUCGAUGUCCAGCGCGGCCAGCAGCUUUCUGAACCGUGGCCGUAGCCGCUACUGCUGGCUGUCCAAAUCGGCACCAACAACGCCCGGUGCGGCACCGGGCAGCUUUGCCGGCGGGACGCUCAGUGAUAACCGGCCACUGCUGCUCACCGAGCAGGAGGAGGACGGUGAGCAGAACGUCUAA